AUGGUUAUGCAUAAAAUACGAGCUGCGUCCUACCUGCGCAGGACCAUUAGUGAGCCGUAUUCGAGUCGUCGAUUAUCGACGGUUAUGAAUCAGAUACCUGAGAGCAAGUUGUAUCCGAACGGGGGAAUGCAUGAGUCCUUGAUCAACGACUCAUCGAAGAUGAUUCCGGAGGCCGAUGGACCGAUCUACACGGCGUAUACCGAUUGGCUUGGAGUAAAGGACCUUAUGGCUUCCAAACUGAAUGUGCUUCUUAUCUUUUGUCCUCUGGGACUGAUUGCUGCCAGCAGAUGGGGUGCGUUGUAUACUUUUUGGUUCAACUUCAUUGCGUUGAUUCCAUUGGCAGCGAUUCUAGGUCAGUCUACAGAGGAGUUGGCGUUGCAUACGGGCGAUUUAAUAGGUGGUUUGCUAAACGCGACCUUUGGGAACGCAGUAGAGAUGAUCUUAACGAUUCAGUCUUUGCGCGAAGGGUUGUUGACGGUGGUGCAAGGAACGUUGUUGGGUUCGAUUCUGUCUAAUUUGCUAUUGGUGUUGGGUAUGUCAUUCUUGGCGGGUGGCUUAUUUCAUCACAUCCAGACGUUUAAUCGGCAGGGUGCAUCUUGUUCGACUUCUAUGUUGAUGUUGGCGUGUCUGGCAUUCAUUCUGCCGACUACUCUGCGGGAUGCACACCCGGAGGACACUGGUACGGUGCUGGAGGUCUCACGUUUCACGGCUGUCCUUGUUGGCUUUACCUACUUCUUGUAUCUCUUCUUCCAGCUCUAUACCCACCUGAACCUGUUCAAACAGGAACAGCGAGAAGAUGCCGCCAGCCUCAUGGCCGAGUCGGUCGACGGAGUAGCCGUCGAGGAUGUGGUCGGCGACGAUUGGCCAACCAUGUCCUGGCCCACCUGCGUCUUACUCCUGCUGACCUCGACCGUGCUUGUGGCGCUCCAGUCUGAGGCGCUGGUCUCAAGCAUCGAAGGCGUUUGCGCUUCCGGCCGUCUAAGCAAAAGUUUCAUUGGAAUCAUCCUCCUACCCAUCGUCGGAAACGCCGCCGAACAUGCCACCGCCGUAACCGUCGCCAUCAAGAACAAGCCCGAUCUCGUCAUGGGCGUCGCCGUCGGAAGUAGCACACAGAUCGCCAUGUUCAUGGUACCCUUUGCCGUCAUAGCAGGCUGGGUCAUGGACGUGCCCAUGACCCUCGCCUUCGACAACAUCGCCGUCGUCGUACUCGUCAUCUCCAUACUCAUCACCAUCGGAGUCGUCCAAGACGGCGAAAGUAACUGGCUCGAAGGCGCCAUGCUUAUGGUCGCCUACGCCAUCAUCGCAGGUGUGUACUGGUUCAACGCCGACGAAUAA